CUAUAAAGUGAGUUUGGUGCGCACGAAAACUGCGAGAGAAACAUCAAAUAAACUCAAUAAACACGCACGCUAUUAAUAAACCUCGGACGUUAUAGCGGCCUUGUGGAGCCAUGUUUCCGCCGACGCGCUUAAGGAGUUGCCUCCCAGUCAUGAAUCAAAUGUACAAACCGCGGUUACGUCCACACAGGCCCUUCAGACAAACGAGCACAAUUCAAACAAAGAGUUUUAAUACGAACGCCAAUAAUAAAACGAAAUGGUUAAAUUUCCGCGCAAUAUUCACUAGAUGGAUGCCUCUAGGGAGUGUUAUGUACGUAGGUUGGUGUUACAUUCGCGCUAGCAUAGAUUAUGAAGUUUCAAAAGUCGAGAUUAAAUUUUACGAAAUGUUCCCCUUCCGGGUGACCAGUCGAUUGUGGGGGAAAAUGGCGGCCUGCGAAAUCCCGGUGUCCCUCCGCAGCUUCGUCUACGGCACGUACAUAAGAAUGUUCAGCGUGAACCUAAAUGAUGCAGCAGUCACCGACCUGAAAUACUACAAAAGCUUAUCAGCGUUCUUCACCAGGCCGCUCAGGGAUGGCGCGAGAUACAUAUCAGCAGCGCCCUGCGUAUCGCCCUGUGACGGAGUAGUCUUGAACUGUGGCCCAGCUGAUACCGAUAAGAUUGAACAGGUAAAAGGUGUGACAUACAGCCUUGAGGAAUUCCUCGGUGAAAACAAAUGGCUAAAAAGGAAAGAUGAGAGCUAUUACAACUCCUUACUAAAGAAUAAAGAGAAUAUAUUACAUCAGUGCAUAAUAUAUUUAGCGCCCGGGGAUUAUCACCGCUUUCAUGCUCCUUGCGAUUGGACUGCUACAUUCAGGAGACAUUUCUCAGGGAAAUUGCUCUCUGUAAAUCCUUGGUUGGCGAAACUAAUACCUGGAUUGUUCACUGUCAACGAAAGAGCUGUGUAUGUCGGAGAAUGGGAGUAUGGCUUUUUCAGCAUGACGGCCGUCGGAGCGACAAAUGUGGGAUCUAUAGAAAUAUUCAAAGAUCCAGAAUUAAGAACGAACACUAAAGGUAAACGGAAUCGUGUGAACGAACUCGAAUUAGGACAGGUAUGCAUGAGCAAAGGUGAACUCUUCGGUCAAUUCAAUAUGGGAAGUACUAUCAUACUGCUCUUUGAGGCCCCAAAGGACUUCAAAUUUGAUAUGGCUGCUGGAGAUAAAGUAUUAGUUGGACAAUCAUUAACGAAAGUAGCCAGACAAAUGACGAGAUGACCUAGUUUUAUGGACUUAGUUCAUUUGGGGCAGUGUGCACUGAUUUUUAUCAUGAUAACACUAUUGCUGUGAAAUUAUUUUGAGGCUUUAUACUUGAUUGUAUCCCUGUGCUUAGUUGAUCUCUAGAAGAAAAAAAAGGAUAUUAUCCAUAAAAAUAAUAAUUUUAUCACCACAAAUCUGUUUAACAGAACUUACAUUUAGUAUAUAUGAUGAAAUAAAUGCAUUUAUUUAUGUUUAA